CGCUUUAUCGGCUCAGUUACAUUGCGCUUGGGAUGCAGCGCCAGGCUUUCCGUAUGGCAGCCUCCAUACGACUGGUCAGGCCGAGCACAAGAUCUUUACAUCGGUGUAGCCUAAUAGUGUCGCUUGGCAAUCAAGUGAGACUCCCCAACCUUUAGGGUGGAGGCGAGGACUUCUACCUACUUGCUGCCUUACCUUUGUCGGGGUAUAUAGAGGGGAUGAUGUCCUAUCUCCUGCAGAGCUGAUCUAUGGUCCCAACCGAAAGCUACUAACCCUCGGGUUUGGCAACAUCUUCUCACGAUGCGUACCGUCCUAUCGUCUUUGCUUCUCGGGCUUGUCGUCACCGCAGCCGCGGCUUCCCUUGACAGCCACCGGGUUCGACGACAAGCCAGCGAAGUUCCCCCGGGUCCGGUCGAUCCCGACGCGCCAUCCGACUGCACCUACUUCUAUACGCCCCGUGACGUCUCGGACAACUGCACGCACAUCGAGCAGGCGCAUGGCCUCACACACGAGGAUUUCGUUAAAUGGAACCCCAGUCUCAAGGCGGACUGCAGCGGCAUCAAGGUCGGCAACUCGUACUGCAUCGAGGUGAACUACGGCGUUCCCUCUCCGACGACUAGCACGACGGCACCCACCAGCACAGCAACCACCAAGCCCAGCCCGACCCAGUCCGGACUGAUCGACACGUGCACCAAGUUCUACCGCGCCGUGCCGGGGGACUACUGCGUCAAAAUCGCCGCCGAGCUCGGCACCUUCACCUUCGCCGACUUCCUCGCGUGGAAUCCAGCCGUUCGGUCCGACUGCAGCGGACUCUUCGCCGGGUGGUACUACUGUGUCGAGGCGCCCAAGCCAACGGCACCCAGCACCACCACCACCACCAGUUCGACGGCGACGCCAACCGAGACGUGCAACCCCACGGCGCCGACCCCCACGCAGCCCGUGGCCAUCUGUGGGUGCACCAAGUGGCACGAGAUUGUCAGCGGGGAUACUUGCAGUGUGAUUAUCCAGAAGUACGGACUGGACGGGAGGGAUUUCUACAGCUGGAACUCGAAUGUGGGUGGGCAAUGCGAGUUGCUGCUGCUGGGGUAUUACGUCUGCGUCGGGGUUUAAGGAGGCAGAUGGGCAAGCAGGGCUUAGAACUGGUACUAGUAGUUAGAAGCAGGGCAGGUCCAGCACGUCAACAUCACCUUAGGUAGA